AUGAUCCCACAACCUGCCCCCCAGGAUGCAUCUAUGUCCCCGCCACCCUUCGCAACUGGCUCCUGGAAUGGCUCCACUCCUGUGUAUCUUAGGAUUCCAACCACCACUAUUCACCUGGUCUGGAGAGCCAUCAGAAUUUCUGGCGGUGGACCACUGGUUCAGAAACAGCUAAAGAACCUGAAACUCUGCCCACGUACAUCUACAGUGUGUAGUCUGCCGCCAGAAGUGACCGAUGGUGGUUGUGUCCCUUCUCCACUGCUGACUAUGGAGGAUGGUGUGGCUUACAUCAUCAGAGCCAUUUUGGAUUCCCAAUUUUGCAGAAGAUCAACAAUAGAUCAUCCUCCAGUAAAUCUGGCUCUGAGGAAUCUGUGUGAGACUUUCUUACAGGACAGAAGUAAACGAUCUUCAUCAGGAUGUGAAACGAUCUGCAGUCUUCAUGAAGAGAAACUCAAACUCUUCUGUCUCGAUGAUCAACAGCUGGUGUGUUUGGAGAAACUCAAAACUGCACUAAAACCCUUACAGGAGAAACUGAGAACAUUAGAGGAGUUUAAACAGAAUUUGGAUCAAACUGCAGAACACAUUAAGUUUCAAGUUCGACACACAGAGAGGAAGAUUAAUGAGGAGUUUAAGAAACUUCACCAGUUUCUACAUGAUGAAGAGGCAGCCAGAAUAACAGCACUGAGAGAGGAAGAGGAGCAGAAGAGUCAGAUGAUGAAGGAGAAGAUUGAGAAGAUGAGCAGACAGAUUUUAUCUCUUUCACACACAAUCAGAGUCAUAGAGGAGCAGAUGACAGCUGAAGAUCUUUCAUUCCUACAGAACUUUAAGAGCACAAUGAGAAGAACCCCGUGUACACCAGCAGAUCCAGAGAACAUUUCAGGAGUUCUGAUCAAUGUCCCAAAACAUCUGAGCAACCUGAAGUUCACUGUGAUACAGAAGAUGCAGGAAAAUGUUGAAUACACUCCAGUGACUUUGGACCCCAACACUGCUCACUGUAAUCUCAUCGUGUCUGAUGAUCUGAUCAGUGUGAGAUUCAGUGAAGAGAAACAGCUGCUUCCUGAUAAUACAGAGACAUUUGACGAUUUGUGUGUUUUGGGUUCAGAGGGUUUUAAAUCAGGGAUUCACUGUUGGGAUGUUCAGGUUGGAGAUAGUACAGCUUGGUUCCUGGGUGUGAUGACAGAAUUUGCUCUAAGCAAAAAUGACAUAUUGUCCAGGAGUGGACUCUGGUUUGUGGGGUUUGCUGAUAGUCAGUAUGUUGCAUUCAAAACACCAGAGGGACCUCUUCUCCUCUCAGUGCCAAAGAAACUGCAGAUAAUCAGAGUUCAUCUGGACUGUGAUAGAGGAGAACUGUCAUUCUCUGAUCCUCUCACUAACACACACAUACACACUUUCACACACACAUUCACUGAGAGAAUAUUUCCAUUGUUCAGUGUUGGCUGUAAAAUGUCUCCUCUCUUGAUCUUACCUGUUCAGUCCUCUUAUAAAAAGACCUAAUGAAUAAAUAGUUUGUAACAGAACACAGGUCACUCAAAUAUUAACACUAAGUUAGUGAUAUGUUGGGUUUGGUAGCAGUUCUGUUGUAAUAUCUUCAUAGAAUAUUAAAAAGUAGGUAAAAUUAUAUUUAUUAUUAUCAUAUUAUGUAGAAAAGUUACUGUAAGUGUGAGAUUCUGCGCUGUUUGUACUGGUGAUUGUGUUAAUGGUGUGUGGCACCUACUGUUGGUCAUUACAACAUAAAGUUACAACAUCUCUUUGGAUCAAAGCUCUAAUGGAUCAGUUUUGAGAGUUAAAAAAAACAAAGUUUACCUAUAUAGGAAUUUACUUUAUUAGCUGUUGGUUAUUAGUUAUUGUCUGUUGUCUAAACAGCAUGCAGACUUCAGUAGGUACUGCACCAAAAACUUUUGCAUAUAAUCCCCUUGUGGCCAAAAAUUCAUCUUGAGUAAAAAGAAAGCCAUUUAAAUUAUAUAACUGAUCCACCAAUAUAAUGUUAUUCUCAAACCACAUACCAAAUGUUCUUAUUGUUCCAUAUAUAAUACUUACAGUAUGUGGUGAAAAGUCAUGUUUCUAUAUCAUAGACCAUGAUAGAAAAGCUUGAUGGUGAAGAUUAUUUUCACCGCCAAAUAUGGAAGAGGAUAAAAUUCCUGAUUAUUUCUGAUCAUAUGUCUAAUCCAGCUAACCUUAAAUGUAUUGUUUAAUGUAGCAAAAUCCAAAAAGUUGAGUUGAUGUCAUAAGAAUAUAUAAUAUCUGUUUUCUUUGUAUAAUGUGUUCUGUUUUUCCAAAUAAAGUCAAAUAACAUUUUGUCAAUCUCUUUUCAGUUUUUUUUUUUUAAAGAUGUAAAGCCAAGUGUAUGUUAUCAGAAACAUUCAGAAUUGUCCAAAAGGUCCAAAACGAGUCUAAUUUUAUUCGUUAUAUGCCUAUUUUCCAUGAAGUCAUAUUGUGUUUCAUCAUUUAUAGAAUCCAGUGCUGUUUUCAGCUACAAUUAGGGCCAGUAAUUUAUAAUCAUUGGUUAAAAAGCAUAUCGGGCGCCAAUUAUCAGUGUAGAGUUUGUCUCUUUUUUGGGGGGGGGAAUCAAUGUAAUUAAUCCCUCUGUUAGAGUCGGUGGAAGACAUUGUCUUUCAAUACUUUCAGCAAAUACUUCCAAUAGGAAUGAGGCGAAGUCUUUGGAAAAUAAUUGAAAAAUUCUGACGUUAAUUCAUCUGUACCUGGCGACUUGGGAUUUUUAAACUGAUUAAUUGCAUCCAUCAGUUCGUGAAUAGUUAUGGCUUUAUCACAUAGCUCUUUUUCAGUUUUAUCAAUAUACUUUAUUUGCAACAAGUUCAAAAAGGAAUCAGCUGUUAUUUGGGAGAAAUUAUUAGUAUAUAAUUUCUUAUAAAAGUCACUACAGUAUUUACUGUUGAUAGUAAUGUAUGGUCAUCUGUUAUAACCCCAUUGAUGUU